CCUAUGGAAAUGGAAAUGCAGCAUGGUCAGCGGCUGAUUAUUCCUUUGUAUUCUUCCCCUCUCUCCAACAUCUCAUCCACUGGGCUCAUAAUUCCACUGCAGGACGUGGAGUAAAUAAUAACAAAACGAUUUAAAAUACUGUAAGGAUGGACUUCCAUGCCAUUUGUAACGAUGUAUUAUUUUUCCUAGACACACUACCUCAUUUGGUUGGGGGAGGAGGAGAGGCAACCACUUGAUUUGAACUGGCUUUCCAAGGCGCUACUUAUUUGCAUAAUUUUUUUGUCUAUGGUGACGCUCUGGUUCGGGGCAGUUCACUGGUGUCUGCAUGGUACUGGUGAAGGAUCACAUAGUCCAGCAUAGCCUUGGCUGAGUUUAAUAUUGCCAUGAAGCCCUGGCCAUUGCUCUAUAGCAUGACGAUAAAUUCAGUGGUGAGGCCAGAUAACUCUUAUCUCGCUGACCCGACUGCUCACGCCUGCUUUCGUAAUCUCAGUUUACCCAUCCACGUCGAGUAGGAAAAAAAGAAAAGCAAGAAAGGAAAGGGGUUUCUCUCGGCUCUUCCCUUUUUUGUUGUGGCUGCUAAUGCCUGCUGUAUGGCAGGGCGCGUUCUGCUGCUGCUGCUUCACCCAGCCAGCCCUGCCUUUAAACUUUUCUGUGGAUUACUGCUUUGAUCGAUUUCGUCGCUGAAUGAGAAAAUAUCUCUUGGUGCUCUGCAUUCGUCGUCAGAGGAUAAGGUUCACCCGAGGAGGCCAUUGGCGGAGAGGCGUCACGUGACCACGGGGUGCCAAUGUUAUUCUACAAGGGUGUCAAGACCCUGUCAGUUUCUGAAAUAAAUAUUGGGAAACGGCGAGAUGCAAAAGGCAACCUACUACGACAGCUCCGCAAUUUACAGUGGCUACCCAUAUCAAAGCGCAAAUGGCUUCAGUUAUGAUGCCAAUCAGGUCCAAUAUCCCCGGGCCUCUCAUGUGGAAAGUGAGUACCAUCGACCUGCCUGCUCCCUGCAGACUCCUGACGGCUCCGUGGCUCUGCAGAAGCCGGGGGAGAUGGCGGAGAGCUGCGACAGGACCACAGCCAUUCAGGCGGCGCAGUCUAAGGUUCAUCCCGAAAGCAAUCAACCGCAGGUGCCGGUGUCAGGCCCACCCCCUCCCUCACAAUCCCCCGGUGCUAUCAGCCAAAACACAAGCAACGGGUCCAACCAGCCCAGUGCCAAGAACGGCUCCCCGACCUCCACUGGUCGCAGCAAACAUAUCUUCCCCUGGAUGAAGGAAUCCCGUCAGAACACCAAGCAGAAACCCACCAGUAGCUCCAGUUCAGUGGAGAGUUGCCCCGGAGACAAGAGUCCUCCGGGGUCAGCAGCAUCGAAGAGGGCCCGGACAGCCUACACCAGCGCCCAGCUUGUGGAGCUGGAGAAGGAGUUUCACUUUAACCGGUACCUCUGCAGACCUCGGAGGGUUGAGAUGGCCAACCUGCUUAACCUCACCGAGAGACAGAUCAAAAUCUGGUUCCAGAAUCGCAGGAUGAAAUACAAGAAGGAUCAGAAAGGUGUCGGAAUGAUGCCUUCCCCUGGUGGACAGUCCCCCCGGAGUCCUGUGGGCCCACCCUCUGGUGGUGGCGGCGGCGGAGGAGGAUACCUCAACUCUAUGCAUUCUCUUGUAAACAGUGUACCUUAUGACUCCCAGUCGCCGACGUCUUACAAUAAACCUCAUCAAAAUGCAUACGGUAUGGCCACGUCAUACCCCCCCCCUUUAAACAGCUCCCUCAACAACUGCCCGCCCUCCCAGAAGAGGUAUCCCGGGACCGACUCGGCCACGCCCGAUUAUGACGCGCAUCCUCUCCAAGGCAAUGGCAACUAUGGGACGCAUAUGCAAGGCAGCCCCGUUUAUGUCGGCGGAGGUUACAUCGACUCAAUGCCCAAUACUGGGACCUCCGUUUUCGGUCUGACCCACCUCCCGCACCCGCCGCCCGCAAACAUGGACUACAAUGGAGCAAUCACAAUGGGCAACAGUCAGCAUCACGGAGUGUGUGAUCCGACACCGACGUAUACAGACCUAACGUCGCACUACUCUCAGGGAAGAAUCCAGGAAGCGCCCAAACUGACGCAUCUGUAGCGGUGGCGCUGCCUGGAUCACUCCGCCCAUUGUCUUCUCCACCUCCAGACACAUUACUGCUUUGUUUCUGCGCCUUCUCACGGCUCCCACCUUCUCUCUGCUUUUUGUUUAUGUUUUCUAUAGUUUGAUGUGUGAAGUAGCGUAGGAUAAAUAAUCAUGACUUGCUUGAAUUUUUCUCUAUUUGCUCGUGUAAUUGUCUCACGAUGACCUUUAUCUGGCCUGUAGACGUCUAGAGCGGGAGGGAGGGGGGCACAGUAUAUGCAUAGGCCUAUUUAAUCUUUUUUUUUUUUUAAUCUUGUUUUAAAAUCGCAACUCAAACAGGGUAUUAUGAACAUGUUAUUCAUUUUAAUGUGAAUUUGUCCGUCUUUUAUUUAUCCGCAGUUGAAGAAUUGUGUUUUGCAUUUUGUUGCACUUGUGAAGGGUUCCUUCAAGAGCCACGAGUUGGGGUAAUGAGGGAUAUACAUUUUCAAAAACAAGGGUCAUGAGCUUACACGCAACCUCCCUUGCUUGUGUUGUUCUAUUGGAUUUUCUAAUGUUAUUUAUUUUGUUCGGUGUAAAGAUAAAAUAGUCCUUUAGUAUUAUUUGACACCUCUGCGAUCCUUGUGUGGGGAGAAGGUUAGGGGAAAAUUAGCGUCUCUGCCCCUUUCAGCUCAUACACGUAGUCUGCAGAAGGUCCUGCAGCAGCAGCACACCAUGCUGCUAUUAUAGGCUAUGUUUCCAUUUUUUCUACUUCGAGGAGGUGUUUCCUUUUCUCAGCGAAUGUAAAAUCAAUCAGUCAUGCAAUAAGGGUGGACAGAAGGACACACGUUAAACGUUUCUUUAUUGAAGAAAAAAAACAAAACCAUUUUCUUUCGAUGUCAUACAUUCCAUGCUGCUCCGGUUCAAGAAAUAAAUAAAACAAUUGAAAUAUAA